AUGUCAUCAUAUGUUGUCUAUGCUGUUAAAACCAUGACUAACAUGUCGUGCUUUAAGAAUUCCAAUAUGUGUGUUCAUCGUCGUUUUUCGGAUUUCCUUGGUCUGUAUGAGAAGUUAAAAAUGAAAUACAUUCCACAGGGGCUGAUUAUACCUUGUCCUCCAGAAAAGAAUAUGCUCGGCACCACAAAGAUGCGUCUUUCAAAGAGCAGUUUUGCUGAUUCGGACUUCAUUGAGAAACGCAGGGUUUCUCUUGAAUGUUUUUUGCAUAGAAUUGUAAACCACCCCAUUUUAAUAAGUGAUCACAAUGUUCGUGAAUUUUUGGAACUUGAAAACGAACUUCCUCGGUAUUCCAGCGCUCAAUCGCUUUCUGGUGUAGCAGCUAUGAAAUUCCUGAAGAAUGUUGGUGAAGCUGUUGGAAAGCUUACAUUUAGAAUGGAUGAAGUCGAUGAGGUUAGUGCUCAACUUCCAUUAUAUUUGCGUCUUCGGUGCCUAUUCUGA